AUGUGCCAGGUACAAGUAAAUGGAAAAGUAGUAGAGAUGAUGAUCGACACAGGUGCAUCUGUUAACCUUUUAGAUGAAGCGACUUUUCAUCGAAUUGACUGUGGUAACAAACUCCUAGAGCAUGCUCACAGCAAGAUUUACUCUUAUGGAUUUGAUACUCCCCUGCCACUGCUAGGAACACCUUCAAGAACUAUCACGUCCAGCAGUAAUAGUACUACCACCCAGUUACAUGUUGUGAAGAGAAACAUGGGAAACCUCCUCAGCUAUAACACUGCACAGAAGCUUGGAUUGAUUACAAUAUCUGUUAACACUACCACUGUCACAGAUGUGAACAAGAACAGCCCAGAGUCUCUACAAGAGGAAUUUGAAUGUUUAUUUGGAGGCAUAGGAAGACUACGAAACAAAAUAGUUAGGUUGCAUGUUGACCCUGACAUGACACCCAGACAGCAGCCACACCGCAGGAUUCCCUUUCAUGUGCGUGGAGACGUUGAAAAGGAGCUUGAAAGGUUAUAGACAUUGGAUAUCAUCGAAAGAGUUGAGGGCCCCACACCCUGGAUUAGCCCCAUUGUUGUCGGACCCAGGAAAUCCGGAGAAGUGCGGAUCUGUGUUGACAUGGGGGACGCAAAUAAAGCAGUCAAGAAAGAAAACACCUCAUGCCAACUAUAGAUGACCUCAUAGCUGAUUUGAAUGGUGCAACUCAUUUCAGCACGCUGGAUCUUUCUUCAGGAUACCACCAACUCGAACUAGCACAAGAAAGCCGUUUUGUCACAACGUUCAGUACCCAUGUUGGACUGAGACGCUUUAAGCGCCUACCAUUUGGAAUAUAUGCAGCAUCUGAAAUCUUCCAAGAAUCGAUCAAAGAACUCCUUACAGGCCUACCCGGAUGUAAGAACAUUUCAGAUGACAUCGUAGUUUUUGGAAAGGGAAAGAUACCCAUGACACGAACCUUCGUGGUGUUCUCCAGAGACUUAAAGACAACAACUUUCGCCUCAACAAGGACAAAUGCGAGUUCUCUAAGAGUGAAAUCAGCUUUUAUGGCCAUAUUUUUAGUUCCAAUGGUGUCAAGCCCAACCCUAAGAAAGUUGAAGCGAUACGCAAUGCUAGCUCACCGCAGAACGCCAGUGAUAUCAAGUCCCUCCUAGGCAUGAUACAGUACGUAUCCCGCUUCAUUCCCAAUUAUGCCACAAUCACAGCCCCAUUGCGCCUUUUCACGCGACAAUACAUGCCCUGUAAGUGGGAGCAGGAACAACAGGCAAGCAAACUACCAAAGUAGAUGAGGAGAUGCAGGCUCUUAUUAAAGCAAUAGAAACUGAUCGGUGGACCAGCCCUGAAGUCCAGGAUUAUAAAAGAUUGAAAGAUGAAUUCUCAGUAUACAAUGGAGUAGCGUUGAGAAUGAACAGGAUUUUCAUACCACUCACCCUCAGAAGCAGAGCAGUAGAAUUGGCACGUUUAGGUCACCAAGGGAUUGUUAAGACCAAGCAACUUAUCAGAGACAAAGUGUGGUUCCCAGGAAUAGACAAGCUGACAGAAGACAAAGUAAAAAAAAAGCUGUCUCUCGUGCCAAGCAGCGACAGCGAAAUCACCACCAACAGAACCUCUUCAAAUGUUCACACUUCCCAGUGCACCUUGAAAGGAAGUUGCAGUUGA